GUUACGUUUUGAGGCUGUAUCUCAGACUUCUCCUACUACCUUGUACCUCUUUCUGAGGAAUAUAUUUGCUGUCUGUGACAUGAACAUCAUGGAAGGAGCACUCUUCUGUGAUUCCAUCUGUUCCAAUGAGAUACUUUAUAAGGAACAAGUUGGUAGAUUAGCAGAAUGUGAAAGAAUGACUGCAGCAAUUGAACUUAGCAAUUGGUUGAAUGAUGCAAGUUAUGCCCUGCAGUCUGUUGUACAAUGUUAUGGUCUCCUUGCUCCAAUUAUUUAUCACAAGAUUUCUUCAGUGCCAGUCGUGCAGAUCCUCAUUAAGUGCUUGGCUGUCCUUCAAGAAAUUCCAAGUGCUACCUUGCAGAGGAGGCAGGCAGGAUGUUAUGAGAGCAUUCAGCAUAUGAUAGCUUGUACUUCAUUUUAUACAGCAAAGGUACUACGUUCAUGGAAAGAAUAUGAACUAGCCGUAAUUAUUGUUAACUAUGGGAAAAAAUUGUUGGAUUCCUCGCCAGCAACCUCACCCCAACAGUCAGCAGCUAUGCAAACGAAAGAAACACACACUAACAAAGAAGUUAAAUUAGAAUUUCUAUUGUACACUAUCACUGCUUAUCAUAAUGGAUUUGAUUUGGCUAUUGAUGUAGCUCGUGGAUCAGAGCUUACAGGACUGGAAGAUCCUUUUUUCCUCUACCCUGUGAUUUCAUGUUGGACGUCAAACAAUGCUUAUCGAGAAGUGAUGAAAUUCAGAAAUAAAUCACGUUUUCUUGAGUUCUUUGUUCAAGUUUUGCACAAGAUCCUGAAUGAAGAGAUGUUUCAAUGUGUUCUGGAAUGGUCAGGCAAUGUGCAAGAUUACUUGAAAAGGAGGAAUGACACCUUUGUCUGUAUCAAUGGAAUUUCAACACAAGAAACAACUUCUCCCACUGUGUCAGAAGGCACUGAUAGAGACACUACAGGAGUAGCGGAGGUUCAGAAGAGUAUGCAGGCCUCACAUUUAAAGAAACCAGAGGCAUCACUUUUGAAGAAACCAAGAAAAGAAGCCUUGAGUCCUAGUCGAAAAAACCAGACUCUUAGACAGUAUCUCAUGAAACGUCCAAACAUAAUGAAAUCUCCAGAAGCACAAAGGAAAUUCAAGGAAGAGUUGCAAAAAGUAGCUCAUCAAACAUUAGAGGUAUUGCUGAAACCAAUUGUGAGUAAUUACUUAAACCGAAAGAAGUUUCAUCAAAUAUGUCUUGAAGAGAUGCCCUGGAGGUCUCAGAUGAAUAUCUAUCUGGCUAUUGCACACUACAACUUACUUAAAAAGAAACUAGAAGAGCAAUAUAACAUUGGAGUUUGUGGUUCACAGCAUCAGGACAGUUACAAUAUUCUGGAUCCUGAAAUAUUCUCAUUAAACAAUUCUGGCACUGUAGUGAUGAGAGAAGCCGUAGAAAAUAACAUGAGAACACCAACUCCUCCUCUCCUUACGAAGUCAGGAAUGACCAAAAACCAAACUUGUACAGCUAAAUCUACUGAGCACAGCAUUAAACUGAGUGGAACGGAUACUCCUCAAACCCUAACAACAAAUUAUACAGAAAUGUCUGUCUCUCAUUCCUCCAAAGAAUACAGCCAGUCUCCAUCAAAUAACAUUUUACUGGAGCAUUUUACAAAAAUGUUUUUGCAUUUAAGAAGAGCAGUGAUUGUGGAUCCUGAAGAAGACUUUUGCAUUCCCAGUUGUUUAGGAGGUAUUAUGGAUGAGAAUGGUGGUUCUAAUCUCCAUCCACAGUCUCCCCUGGAUGAUGUGAACGUGGUUGACUUGAAAUGGAUAUGUAAUCUGAUUCUUAAAACAAUAGGAUUGUUAUAUCAAAUGAAGAAGUGGGGAUCACUGGUACACAUAGCUGUACAAUUUAACAUAUUUACACAUGAGAGAUACACAGAACAAGUGAGUCCGCUGCUGGUGUAUGCUCAGAGGCAGCUGCUGGACAGAAUACAGCAAUUCAGUGGCCUAGACAGCCACGAAUCUCAUUUCAUAAAAUAUCUGUCUGAUAAGGUGAACCACAGAUUUCUGUUUUGGGCACUGAGUCUUAAUGUGAAAGCUGCUUUUAAAUAUUGGUGUCAAGCCCUUGAUGAAACACUCAACAUUGCUGAUGCUCUUAACAAUUGGCAAGAGUUAGGGUUUCCAAAAAGUGCUACAGACUGCUUUGCAGUUGGAAGAUCGACGGAUAUUAGUCAGAAAUUUCUUUCUCAGGCUGGAGUUUGGGGAUGUUUACAUGCAGCAGUCUUAGUGGCUAAGAUAGCUCAGUAUAUAGCAACAUCAAAGAUGAGAUUAAGAACUAAAUACUGCUAUUUUUCUGCUAUUCUUUUUAAGACCCUGUUUAGAGCUUCUCUUCCACAUCCAACAUCUGACUGUGACUUUGCACAAUAUGAAACAAAUAUGCUUAUUCCUGGUAUCGACUUGUUCUCUGAUCACUACAGAGCUGAUAUCUCUACUGUAGUAGCAAGUCUGAAAUUCCUUAUGUUUGAACUACAUUGUGCAACACAAAAUUUAACAAUCUUACCAUUGUUCACAUUAUACCAAUACUUUGUUUCUGAGAUUUGUAAGGACCCAGCUAAAUGUAUUGAAGGAAGAAUCUUCAAGAUUAAAGUACUUACAGAUAUAGGAUUUUUUACAGAGGCCUUUCAUGAACUGUCUUUGCUUAAUUGUGGAGAGAGAAUUCCAUGGAAAAUACCUGCAGGAUACAGAAAAAUCGAACAAGUGAAGCCCUUACAGGAAUUUGACUCCUCAAAAUCUCUCCUGACUGUUACAAAUUUACAGGUACUGGAAGACAUAUUUAAUUGGAGUCUGUCUUUAACAAUGGUGCCACUGUGCAACCAACAAACUAUGAAUAAAUUAACCUUAGCCAAAAUGCAUUUCAUCAUUUGCCUUUCUGCCACAAUAAAUAAUAUACCUGAAAAAGUGGAAAAGCACAUCUAUUCUGUUGAUAACAACAGCUUGAUGGAGACAAGCAGAAUUACAGCAUCAAAUGUAAAAGUUGAUGCUGAUAAGAAUUCAAGACAACAGGAACAAAGAGGCACAAUGGUGCAGCUCGUUGACUGCAAAGAUGAAUUAAAUAUGGCCAUGCUGAAGGGGAUUUUAUUGACAGAAGCUGAAGAAAUUCUUAGCCGUCUUGUGCAGAGCAUACAGGACAAAUAUGAUGGGGAGAUAUCUCAGUGUUCUGCUGAAGAUUUAGAGACUCUUAUUGAGGCCAAACUUCAGCUUGCUGCUAUUUCUCAGCAAAGGCAUCAAGCAGCUUUCAGCAUUGCUUUGGCUUUCUCUGCAAUUCAACUUCUCCAAGAUGCAAACAUUUUUAGGAUGGAAAUGACACAUUUUCAAGAAGAAAAUGAUGGAAGGGAAUGUUCGGACUCUUAUGUUGAAGACGCUCGAGUGCCUCACAGUAUAACAGCUCAAGAUCAUAUGACUUUACAUCUGUGGCUAAGGUGUCGUACAAUGUUAGUGACGGCUCUAGUAACACAGAUACAAGGCGUUGGUGAUAUGGAAGAAAAUGAUGUGUCUGAACGCAGAAGUGUGAUAAAAGAAGUAAUACAAGAGGCAGAAGCCUUUGGUGAUACUGAGACUCAGGCUGAAAUUAUGGUGCAAGCUGCUAUUCUUGACCUGCAAGAAAAAUGUCCUGUGGCAGGCAUUAAACUUCUUUUGCAGAUUUUUGUUUGUGGAGAACCCCUUGAACAGCAAAUAGAAGACAGUACAUUGACUUGCCUCGUCCUACCUACAAAAAAUAUCUACUUGCCACAUAUCAACUUGCUAGCCCAAGUCAAAAUGAGAAUCGGACACAUGUUAGCUGAAAAAGUAGCUUGUACACCUGCAAGAGAAGAUCCACUGCAAUGGCUACAUGCUCUCAAACAUUUAGAGUCAGCAUUGAAGCUCUGCAGAGCAUCUGCGACAAAAAACUUAGAUAUGGAAGCUGAACUUCUUUUUCAGAUAGGUCAGGUAGAACGCCAGAUAACUGAAGCAGGCAAUGAGAAGUCAUCUCGAGCUGUUGAAACCCUGUUGGAAGCUAUAAAACUCAGCCAGCAACAUGAUCAAAAAUUUGAGUUAAUAAGAAGAUCAUACCUUGAAAUAGCACUAUUAUAUUUGCAUUUUGCCACAAAUAAUGAGGAUGUGUCACAGACUGAUAAGAUGGUGCCUUCCAAAUCAAAUGCUUCUUCUGAAGAACUCUCCUCUUCUCCAGAGGAGUCUCUGAAAUCAGAAGGCUAUAAAGUACGAGCCUGGAUUGCAAUAAGAGCAGCUACACAGGUCAGUGAAGCUGUGCUUGCUUCUCAGCUAUUAACUGGAAUGAAGAGUGUUAAAGAACACAGCAUGAAGAAUGCAGUGCAACAGAAAAUCCCAGAAUUUGCUUCCAUGGAUCUUCUUGCUUCAUACAGAGAUUUCUUAUCUGAUGGAUACAGUAUUAUCUCUGAAAGUCCCACAGCAUCUUCUACUGAAAACAAAGAAAUCAUACAAGACGAGCAGAGCCAAAGUGAAGGAACAGAAAGUCUUGCUGCCAAGGCCAGCCAAAAGAAAGAGAUAAUAACAUGGGUUCACUUAAUUCGUUACCACAGUUACUUAAAAAGACUUUAUAAUACAAACCUUCUAUUUGUGUGUUGUCUUGAGAAUUUCCCAGAAGAGCUACAUGAUGUAGAAUUGCCACUUGGUAGGCCAGCUGAUUCUUCAAAGAUGUCUCCUGAAAUUACUGGAAUUACAUCAGAGAUGUCACAUGUGAGAAUACCUUCUUCCACUUCUGUUGUUGCAGAGGCAGACAGUCAGAUGGAGAGUAGGGCAGCAAAUGCUUCAAAUAAGGAAAUUAACAUUCAGUGGUACAUUCCUUCUCUGGCAAAGCCAUCAAACGAUACAGAGACUAAGGUUUUGCUGCUUUAUGCUUAUAAUACAAAGCCUGUCAAGAUUAGCAACAUGAAGAUUUUCAAUUCAGUGUCUACAUUUUCAGGCCACUUGUGGAUUCCAUUGGCUAGAAUUAUUUCUUUACGGGAGAAAUUAUCUGAUCUGAAGCACCAAGUUGAAAUGUUGAUGCAAAGUUCUAAAAGCUUGUCUUCAGCUUCAGAACCUACAAGUUUUCUUGAACAAAGUGAAACCUUGAAAAUAAUUCCUUCAAAAGAAACCAAAAUGAAUGUUACAAAAGUGCAUCUUGAUGAAAAAACAGAAGAAAUGGCUAAAACUCAUUUAUCUGAAGUCAAAGAACUGCUGUCUGCUGUUCCAGCCCUGUCCUUACCAUUAACUGAGCACGACCAGAGUAACAACUGUAUUCCGAGUCCGGAUACAGAUGCAACAAUUCUCAGUGCCUUGAUGUUACUGGAAGUAAACACAAAGGGUGUAACGGGGUAUGUUACAAACAG